AUGUUACACCAGCGAAGUGGUAGUUGGGAACGCCAGAACUCCUUGCCAUCAAAAACAACCACAUCUGCUACGCUCAUCAACAACGAGGAUGAAGAAGAUCGAAUUUUCAAACAAUUGCUCCAUCCUGAAAAAGAAUCAAACAAAAUCGGAGCUAUCCUAUCAAUAGUACCCACUCUCUAUGGAUUAGUGUUUUGUUGGGAGCGAGGAUUGCAGCCAUUUCUUGCACUCACCUUCAUUGAAAUCUCCUCACAAAUAUUACUCAACAUUAUCAUUCAACGAUUUGCUGCUAACUUGACACAAUUUUCAGUGAUCAACAUUUUUCGAAUUCCCAUCGUCAUGAGCGUACAAUUUUUCAUGUAUUGGUUUUAUGGACCUCUGGUACCGUACCAUGUUUUUUCGGUUUUCCGAAUUUUAUUUGCCUCCCACAAUUGUUACUAUGAUGUAAGAUUGUUACUGUUACAUGGGUUAGGAAAUUUGACUUCAACAGUUGGAGGAAUGUACUAUUCAUAUUUACUAGAGAGGCAUAAGUUUUCAAAGUGUGAGGAGAACAUGUUUUCACAGAAAAUGAUUGAGGUGAUUGUUUUAGAAUAUUUAGUAUGGAUGGGGUCGGUUUUAUUUUCUCACUAUCUCAAAAAAAGAAAUGAAGAAUUUACAGAGAAUCAAAUUGUUAUUGCAAAGGAGAAAUACCUCAAUAACGAGAAGACUCAAUUUAUAGCAAAUUUGAGUCACGAAGCAAGAAAUUCAUUGCAAGGAAUAAUGGCCACUGUGGAAGUGUUGAAACACAAAUUUCAUGAUGGAAUUUGCAUGAAAAGCUGUGAACAUUGUUUCAAAAAAGAUAGUGCCAUCUCUGAAUUGAUUGGAGACAUUCAAUCCAGUGCAUCUCUUUUAUUACACAUUUUAUCAUCAUCAUUGCAAAUGAGUUCACUUGAAAUGGGAAAGAUCAAAUUGAAGAAUGAAGAAUUCAACAUUCUUUCAUUGUUUGAAUCAAUGACAGGAGUAUUCUCAUUGGAAGCACAAGGAAAAAACCUUUCUCUGAAUUCAUUUUUCGAUGCUUCAAAAGUUCCAUUGAAUUUGAAGGGAGAUUCCGUUCGAGUGAGUCAAAUAUUGAUGAAUAUCAUUUCAAAUGCCAUCAAAUACACAUCUCAAGGUUUUGUGAGAGUGAAUUGCAGUAGUUUGAACGAUGAAGAACUUGUAGACAAGUUUGAAAAGAUAGAUUCUAGUAAGGUCUACGUGAAAUUUGAAUGUAUUGACAGUGGAUGUGGAAUUGCUCAAGAUCAAAUUGGAAAAUUAUUUCAACCUUAUCACACUAUUGAUCCCAACACGGAUGUCACGCAUAGAUUCGAUUUUUAUUUCAAGACAGCGUCCAACAUUAGUAGUGAUAAUAAUGCAGGAAGUAGUUUGAUUAACACCAAUAGAAAUGGAUUGGGAUUGAAUAUUACGAAAUUACUUGUGGAGAAAAUGAAUGGAAAAAUAGAAAUUGUAAGUGAGCCAUCUAAAGGGACUACAGUCACUGUAAUUCUUCCAAUGGAGGGAGUCAAAGCCCCUCCAAAUGAAGGUUCUCAGGAAAAAUGGCCUUUGAACACAUCUCAAAUACUCCACGAUUCUUUAUCUACCAGCGAUAAAAUUAUGGCCGUUGUUAUAGAUGAAAAUAGGUACUUUAGGGAAACCUUAAAGCAAUAUUUAGGAUUGUUCAAGAGGGUUAAUACUGUUUUAGAAUUUGACACUUUUCAACAAUUCUCUGUUGACUGGGAUCACGCGUCAAAACCUUCCAUUAACAAUGUUCGUACUCUGAUAUUUUGCAUGGAAGGAGACUUGCAGAAAAUUUCACACGCCUUGCUAAAUGGGAAAGGCGAACAACAUAAUAUUCAAAUUAUUCCAACUAUUUUAAGAGGAGCUACACGAUCAUUUAAUGACAAGACUUAUCUGUCAAAGCCAGUACACUUUCAUGAUUUGGUUGAAGUUUUGAGAGAAGGCAAGUCGGACGAGGAAGCACUCAGGGAUACGAAUGAACACAAAGCACAUACAGAUGAUUUCUCUGUAAGAUCAGUACUAUUGGCUGAUGAUAAUGCAGUGAAUCGAAAAAUAUUGGUGAACAUGUUGAAAAUUAUUGGUUUCAAAGAUAUUGACACUGCAAGUGAUGGAUUGGAUUGUUUCAACAAAUUCAAAACGAAGGAAUAUUCUUUGGUUUUAUUGGAUUGUUUCAUGCCUGUCAUGACAGGAAGAGAAUCAUGUGAAAUGAUUCGAAAUUUUGACAAACAACGAGAGAAUGGUGAAAAACGAGUUCCAAUUUUCGCCAUCACUGCCAACACAUGGGAAACGAAAGAACAACUUUUAUCUCAAGGCUUUGAUGAUGUUUUAUACAAACCCAUCACUCUCAAUGACCUCAAGCAAAAAGUUAUGGAGGUCCUCCUGCUUCCUUUGGUGAUGUCCAUACAAUUUUUAAUGUAUUUUUACUAUGGCCCUUUUAUUCCUUAUCAUGCAUUUGGACUUGUGAGGAUGUUAUUUGCAGCAAACAACUGUUUUUACAGCAACAUGUUAUUCAUUGUUCAUGGAUAUGGUCUGAUGGGGUCAAUUCUUGUAGGAAUGGUAGUUUCAUUUAUGCAAGAGAAGGAGCACAUGAAACCUUAUGAAAUUACAUUAUUCUAUCACCGACUUGUAGAAGUAUUUGUUUUGCAGCAUUUGGUUUGGAUAGGCGCGUUUUUGUUCACUUCCUUUGCCAAGAAAAGAAAUGAAGAGUAUACGGAAAAUGUAAUCGAGUUCUCAAAGGAGAAGAUUUUGAAUGCAGAAAAGACCCAAUUCAUUGCAAAUUUGAGUCAUGAAGCAAGGAAUUCAUUGCAAGGAAUAAUGGCCACUGUGGAAGUGUUGAACCACAAAUUUCAUGAUGGAGUUUGCAUGAAAAGUUGUGAACAUUGUUUCAAAAAAGAUAGUGCCAUCUCUGAAUUGAUUGGAGACAUUCAAUCCAGUGCAUCUCUUUUAUUACACAUUUUAUCAUCAUCAUUGCAAAUGAGUUCACUUGAAAUGGGAAAGAUCAAAUUGAAGAAUGAAGAAUUCAACAUUCUUUCAUUGUUUGAAUCAAUGACAGGAGUAUUCUCAUUGGAAGCACAAGGAAAAAACCUUUCUCUGAAUUCAUUUUUCGAUGCUUCAAAAGUUCCAUUGAAUUUGAAGGGAGAUUCCGUUCGAGUGAGUCAAAUAUUGAUGAAUAUCAUUUCAAAUGCCAUCAAAUACACAUCUCAAGGUUUUGUGAGAGUGAAUUGCAGUAGUUUGAACGAUGAAGAACUUGUAGACAAGUUUGAAAAGAUAGAUUCUAGUAAGGUCUACGUGAAAUUUGAAUGUAUUGACAGUGGAUGUGGAAUUGCUCAAGAUCAAAUUGGAAAAUUAUUUCAACCUUAUCACACUAUUGAUCCCAAUACGGAUGUCACGCACAAAUUUGACUUUUAUUUCAAAACUGCACCUCAAAAUGCAAGCACAAACAAUGGUGGAAGCAGUCUUAUCAAUACUAACAGGAAUGGAUUAGGUCUCAGCAUUACGAAACUUUUGGUUGAGAAAAUGAAUGGAAAAAUAUUCAUUGCAAGCACCGUUUCCAAAGGUACGACCUUGACUGUUAUUAUACCUUUUGAGGUAGUAAAAGGCGUGGCUCUCAAAAAGGAAACAAACGAACCAACUCAUGCACACAACUUACCUCGAAUCAUUGAAGAUACCUCCAAGGAAUGUGUUGCUGUAAUAAUAGACGACGAUGAUUGCUUCAGAGACGCCCUCAAAUCCUACUUGACCAUUUUUAAAAGGGUGGUUGAUGUAUAUCAGUACGCUUCGCCAAUAGAGUAUUUCAAUCAUGUACAGUCUAGUGACCCUAAUUUGCCGAGGUAUAUCUUCUGUGGAGAUGGUAGCUAUGAUACGAUUUAUCACCAAGUUGAGAACAUUCCUAAUGUCAAAAUCAUCCCAACAUUGUUUAGAGGAACCACAAGGUCUCACCCGAACAAAAAAUAUCUAUCCAAACCCAUACAUUUUGCUGAUAUUGUUGGCAUUUUGGACGAAGAGGAGCAUGUAACUGUUGAACCGUACAAAGUUAUAUCCCAAAGACGAAAUUCCGUUGCCGAAUUAUCGGCAAAAUCAGUACUCAUGGCAGAUGAUAAUGCAGUGAAUCGAAAAAUACUGGUGAACAUGUUGAAAAUUAUUGGAUUCAAAGAUAUUGACACUGCAAAUGAUGGAUUGGAUUGUUUCAACAAAUUCAAAAAGAAGGAAUAUUCUUUGGUUUUAUUGGAUUGUUUCAUGCCUGUCAUGACAGGAAGAGAAUCAUGUGAAAUGAUUCGAAAUUUUGAAAAACAACGAGAGAAUGGUGAAAAACGAGUUCCAAUUUUCGCCAUCACUGCCAACACAUGGGAAACGAAAGAACAACUUUUAUCUCAAGGCUUUGAUGAUGUUUUAUACAAACCCAUCUCACUGAACGAUUUAAAAAAUAGAAUUAUGGAAAUGAUAUCAUAG